CUGCAGGUUGUAGUUAUCAUGCCUGAAGCUGUUAUUCUUCGCGGUGUGAAGAAAUUUGGAGAAGAGAAUCAUGCUUUUGAAUCAGAUGAAUCAUAUACUGAUAAGAAUUCAAAGUUAAAAGAUGCAAAGAAACAUGACAGCAAUCAAGUUGGCUUCUUUCAAUUGUUUCGUUUUUCUUCAACGACUGACAUUUGGCUGAUGUUUGUGGGAAGUUUAUGUGCAUUUCUCCAUGGACUCUCCCAUCCAGGAGUACUACUAAUUUUUGGCACAAUGACUGAUGUUUUUAUUGACUAUGACAUUGAAUUACAAGAACUUCAGGUCCCUGGAAAAGCCUGCAUAAAUAACACCAUAGUAUGGAUCAACAGCUCUCUUCAUCAGAAUGUGACAAAUGGAACACGCUGUGGGUUGCUCGACAUUGAAAGUGAAAUGAUUACAUUUGCCAGUUACUAUGCAGGAGUUGCUCUCGCUGUCUUAAUUGCAGGAUAUUUUCAAAUAUGCUUUUGGGUAAUUGCUGCAGCUCGUCAGAUACAGAAAAUGAGAAAAAUUUACUUUAGAAGAAUAAUGAGAAUGGAGAUAGGAUGGUUUGACUGCAAUUCAGUGGGAGAACUCAACACAAGAUUUUCGGAUGAUAUUAACAAAGUCAAUGAUGCCAUUGCUGACCAAAUGGCCAUUUUUAUUCAGCGCAUGACAACAAGCAUCUGUGGCUUCCUGCUGGGAUUUUACCAGGGUUGGAAACUGACCCUGGUCAUUAUUUCUGUCAGCCCUCUCAUUGGGAUUGGAGCAGCCAUCAUUGGUCUGAGUGUAUCCAAGUUUACUGACUAUGAAUUGAAGGCAUAUGCCAAAGCAGGGUCAGUGGCUGAUGAAGUCAUUUCAGCUAUUCGAACUGUGGCUGCUUUUGGUGGUGAGAAAAAAGAGGUUGAAAGAUAUGAGAGAAACCUGGUUUUUGCCCAGCGUUGGGGAAUAAGAAAAGGUAUAGUGAUGGGAUUCUUCACUGGAUUCAUGUGGUGUCUCAUCUUCUUAUGUUAUGCACUGGCCUUCUGGUAUGGCUCCAAACUUGUCCUGGAUGAUGGAGAAUAUUCAGCAGGAACUCUUGUCCAGAUUUUCCUCAGUGUCAUAGUAGGAGCUUUAAAUCUUGGCAAUGCAUCUUCCUGUUUGGAAGCCUUUGCAACUGGGCGUGCAGCAGCAACCAGCAUUUUUGAGACAAUAGACAGGAAAUCUAUCAUUGACUGCAUGUCAGAAGAUGGUUACAAACUAGAUCGAAUUAAGGGUGAAAUUGAAUUCCAUAACGUGACCUUUCAUUAUCCUUCCAGACCUGAUGUGAAGAUUUUAAAUAACCUCAGCAUGGUCAUUAAAUCUGGGGAAAUGACGGCUAUGGUAGGAUCCAGUGGAUCUGGGAAAAGCACAGCACUGCAACUCAUUCAGCGAUUUUAUGACCCCAGCAAAGGCAUGGUAACUUUAGAUGGCCAUGACAUCCGUUCUCUUAACAUCCAGUGGCUGAGAGCACAGAUUGGGAUAGUGGAGCAAGAACCAGUUCUGUUUUCUACCACCAUUGCAGAAAAUAUACGCUAUGGCAGAGAAGAUGCAACCAUGGAAGAUUUAGUCCGUGCUUCUAAAGCAGCCAAUGCCUAUAACUUCAUCAUGAACCUUCCACAGAAAUUUGACACUCUUGUUGGAGAAGGAGGAGGCCAACUGAGUGGUGGCCAGAAACAGAGAAUAGCCAUUGCUAGAGCUCUUGUCCGAAACCCCAAGAUCUUGCUUUUGGACAUGGCCACCUCAGCGCUGGACAAUGAGAGUGAAGCCAUGGUACAAGAAGCACUGAGUAAGAUCCAGCAUGGACAUACAAUAAUCUCAGUCUCUCAUCGCCUCUCCACCGUCAGAGCUGCAGAUGUCAUCAUUGGCUUUGAACAUGGGGUAGCAGUGGAAAGAGGCACUCAUGAAGAACUCUUGGAAAGAAAAGGAGUUUACUUCACUCUAGUGACUUUGCAAAGUCAAGGAGAUUCAGCUCUUAAUAAAGAAGAUGUAAAGGGAAAAGAUGAAGCUGAAGAGUCUGGACUUGAGAGCAGGAAGAGUUUUAGCAGAGGGAGCUACCGAGAUAGUUUAAGAGCUUCCAUUCGGCAACGUUCCAAGUCUCAACUUUCUUACCUGGUGCAGGAACCUCAAUCAGCUAUUGUAGAUCAUAAUUCUACCCAUCAAGAAGACAGAAAGGAAAAGGACAUUUAUGAGGAAGAAGUUGAACCUGCCCCAAUCAGGAGGAUCCUAAAAUUCAAUGUUCCAGAAUGGCCCUAUAUGCUGGUGGGAUCUGUAGGAGCCGCUGUUAAUGGAUCCAUCACACCCCUUUAUGCCUUUUUAUUCAGCCAAAUUCUUGGGACAUUUUCACUUCCUGACAAAGAAGAACAAAGACGUCAGAUCAAUGGUGUUUGCCUGCUCUUUGUAGUAAUGGGCUGUGUAUCUCUCUGCACACAAUUUCUGCAGGGAUACGCUUUUGCUAAAUCUGGAGAACUCCUCACAAAAAGGCUACGUAAAUUUGGUUUCAGAGCAAUUUUAGGGCAAGACAUUGGCUGGUUUGAUGACUUCAGAAAUAGCCCUGGAGCACUGACCACAAGGCUUGCUACAGAUGCCUCCCAAGUCCAAGGGGCUGCAGGCUCUCAAAUUGGGAUGAUGGUCAAUUCCCUGACUAACAUCAUUGUGGCCAUGAUCAUUGCCUUCCUCUUCAGCUGGAAGCUCAGUCUACUCAUCAUGUGCUUCUUUCCCUUCUUGGCUUUAUCAGGAGUCGUACAGACCAAAAUGUUAACAGGAUUUGCCUCUCAGGACAAGCAGGCUCUGGAGAUUUCAGGGCAGAUUACAAAUGAAGCCCUCAGUAAUAUCCGCACUGUUGCUGGAGUUGGGAAGGAGAGGCAUUUUGUUGAAGCUUUUGAGACUGCAUUGGAGAAGCCAUUCAAGACAGCCAUUCGGAAAGCAAAUAUUUAUGGAUUCUGCUUUGGUUUUUCCCAAUGUAUAGUGUUUGUGGCGAAUGCGGCUUCCUACAGAUAUGGGGGCUACUUAAUUCCCAAUGAAGGGCUCCAUUUCAGCUAUGUGUUCAGGGUGAUCUCGUCCGUUGUUUUGAGUGCUACAGCUCUUGGAAGAGCCUCCUCUUAUACCCCAAGUUAUGCCAAAGCCAAAAUAGCUGCUGCACGCUUUUUUCAACUACUAGACAGACGCCCAUCAGUCAAUGUGUAUAGCAGUGCAGGUGAAAAAUGGGACAACUUCCAGGGGAAGAUUGACUUUAUUGACUGUAAAUUUACAUAUCCUACUCGACCUGAUAUGCAAGUCCUGAAUGGCCUCUCAGUGUCUGUUAGUCCAGGACAAACAUUGGCAUUUGUUGGAAGCAGUGGAUGUGGCAAAAGCACCAGUGUGCAGUUAUUGGAACGUUUCUAUGACCCUGACCAAGGGAAGGUGAUGAUUGAUGGACAUGACAGCAAAAACGUUAAUGUCCAGUUUCUUCGCUCAAAUAUCGGAAUUGUUUCCCAGGAACCAGUGUUGUUUGCCUGUAGCAUAAUGGAAAAUAUUAAGUAUGGGGACAAUACCAAAGAAAUUUCUAAAGAAAGAGUCAUAGAAGCUUCAAAACAAGCCCAGCUUCAUGACUUUGUGAUGUCACUCCCAGAGAAAUAUGAAACUAAUGUUGGAUCCCAGGGUUCUCAACUAUCUAGAGGAGAGAAACAACGCAUUGCUAUCGCCCGAGCCAUUGUACGAGAUCCCAAAAUCUUGCUACUUGAUGAAGCUACUUCUGCUUUAGACACAGAAAGUGAAAAGACUGUGCAGAUUGCCCUGGACAAGGCCAGAGAAGGUCGGACCUGCAUUGUCAUUGCCCAUCGUUUGUCUACCAUCCAGAACUCAGAUAUCAUUGCUGUCAUGGCACAGGGAGUAGUGAUUGAAAAGGGAACCCAUGAGGAACUAAUGGCCCAGAAAGGUGCCUACUACAAACUGGUCACUACAGGAGCCCCCAUCAGUUGACAUGGCUGAGAACUUCAUGCACAGAUAAUGCUCCAAAUAUAGGAGUGCUUUUGGUUGUUUUUCUUUAAGUAUUGAUAUUUUAAAGACAUUGUUAUACAUUGAAAAUAAACUAAACUCUAAUGAUC